AUGCCACAGGAUCCAAACCUCUAUGGCCAGCGGGCGCCUAAGAAACAGAAACGAGACGCAACGUUGUCCACCUCGCUAGAUUUUACGGCUCAACUGACAUCACUCAUAUCAAACGCCCCAUCAAGCGCGACAUCCGGACGAACACGACCACCCAAGGAGCGCAAAGAUGAUGUUUUCAAGGGUAAACAAAAACGAACCAAGGAGACCGGGGAUGGACCGAAGCGGUUGCAGCUCAAGGAGGUGACUGGGACCGAGGAGGAGACGCAAGAGCUGGCGCGGGCAAAGCGCAGGAUGGAGGAGAAAGCACGGGUUUACGCGGCCAUGAAGAGGGGAGAUUACGUGCCCAAGGAAAACGAGGCUGCACCCUUGAUAGACUUUGAUCGGAAAUGGGCAGAGGGAGUUGAGGGGAAGGAUGCCGAUUUGACCAGCAGCGAUGACGACGACACAGAUGACGGUGAACUGGUCGAGUACGAGGAUGAGUUUGGGCGUGCGCGGCAAGUCACGAAAGCAGAGAAGGAGAGGUUGGAACGAAGAGCACGGCGAGGCCUGUUGGGAGCCGAGGAGCUUGAGCGCAUGUCAGCACGCCCAAGCGCACCAAGCAACUUGAUAUUCGGCGACGCAGUGCAGUCGAUGGCCUUCAACCCCGAGGACCCAGACAAGAUGGAGGAGCUGGCGCGCAAGCGAGACCGUAGCGCAACACCACCGCCAGCGCAGCACUACGAUGCGAACCAUGAGAUCCGCACCAAGGGCACAGGAUUCUAUCAGUUCAGCAAGGAUGAGGAGACCCGGAUGGCGGAAAUGACAUCGCUGGGGGAGGAGCGGCAGCGGACGGAGGAUCAACGCCGGACACGAGAGGACCAGAAGGAGGCACGGCGGCAGGAGAUCCAGCGGCGCAGACAAGACAUGGCGGCGCGGCGGGCGAAGCGGCAGGCGGACUCGUUCCUGGACGGCCUAGGGGAGUGA